AUGGCCGAAACUCCGUUUAUCGUCGCGUGUUUUUUCGCGAUCAUCAUGCUCAUUUUGCCAGCGGCCUGGCAUUCGCGCUCGCAACGCGAGUACGCUACUCUACAUCUUUUGGUCCCUCGUCGGCAACGUGAUUUAUUUCGUCAAUUCGCUCGUCUGGAGGGCAACAUCCGAAACCCGGCGCCGGUCUGGUGCGACAUCAGUACCAAGUUGGUGGUUGGACUAAGUGUCGGCCUCCCAUCUGCUUCGCUUUGCAUCCAGCGCAGACUGUACAAUGCUUCCCGGCUUUCGACGGCUUCCGGUAGUGCUUCUGAUCGCUCACGCCAAACGGCCAUUGAUUUGGCGAUCGGACUCGGGAUUCCGGCUUUGGUCAUGAUUGUCCACUAUGUCGUCCAAGGACAUCGAUACGAUAUAUUUGAAGACUUUGGAUGUUGGCCUACUCUCUACCCGACCGCCAUUGCCAUCCCGCUGGUCCUUAUGUGGCCGCUUCUCAUGAGCACCAUCUCCAUUCCAUAUUGUGUCGCGUCUUACAUCUCCUUUACUCGUCGGCGAGUCGAGUUUCAACGCUACCUUGCUGCCUCGUCGAGCACAGGACUCAACACGGACCGAUAUAUGCGGCUCAUGGCGCUCGCAUCAACUGAGCUCGUAAUUGUCCUCCCGCUCAAUAUCCUUUCUAUCAGCUCCAAUCUCUCGCACGGACUUCAACCUUGGGUCAGCUGGGCGCAUGUCCAUGCCGAUUGGAUGCGCGUCAGCUAUUUCACGCGUUGGAUGUAUACUCGCAACAAAAAGUGGUAUAUCGAGUUCAGCGUCGCACGCUGGGCCAUUCCCAUCUCUGGUAUCCUCUUCUUCCUUUUCUUUGGACUCGCGAGUGAGGCCAGAAAGGACUAUGCUUGCGCUUUCGAUCUCUUACUCCGCCUGUUCGGUGUCAGAUCUACUCGUUACGAUGGCUCCUCGAGCUCAAAGUCUCGGUCGCUGUUCGAUCGCUUUUGGAAGAGUGACCGUGGCUCAUCUAUCAACGCAAGCACUCUCACAAAUCUGCCGUCUCCUCGCUCUCCCAACAGCAAGCGGGCUCAGCGGGAUACAAUCCCGUCGUUUGGAAACGAUUUCGACGUAGAACAUGGAACAAUCUCCUCGAGACUCGGCAUGAUUGCCGGGUCAACUGAACUUUAUGAGCGUGGAAUAACGCCAUCCGAGGAAUCGCAUGCACGGACGAUGAGCGGAGAGGAGGACGUCUACGAUGUUCUCUCUCGUCCGGCUCUUCAAAUUCCCGACGCUGUCUAUUCUCCUCCAAACCUCGUCCGACGCGACUCAUACGGCUUCAGUACUACCCAACGUGGGUAUGGACAUCGUACUCGCCCUUCAAUUGCCCGUUCUGAGAUGAGCGAUGAUACAAUCUGUGUCAGUCCGACCUCACUCAAAGGCAAAGGAAAGCACUCGCGAGGUGAUAGCUUGUCCGGUCUCCUUAGUGGGAUGGCAUCACCAACGACACCUUCGUCUGGACACCCUAAAUCUCCGACCACACCUCUCACAGCAACGAGUGUACGUUCAUGGGACACGAUGAAGCCUCUGCCGCCCACACCCGGUGGUAGUCGCCCGGCAUCCCAAUUUACUCUCCUUUCAGCAGCACCACUAGCUGUGGAUGAGCAGGACGAAUAUCUCCAGGCAGCUAUGGCCUCUUCCCUUGAUCUACAAGAGCCAGCCGCUGUAUACAAUCAAAACACUCCACCGACUAUAACCACGAGCUCUUCCACUAUUCAGAGGCCCACACAGGACAAUCAGCCAGCUCGCGCCCUUCCUGCUGCAUUCAUACGGCAUCCCCUCUUCGAAUCUGCUGAAGAUGGAGAGGCGAGCGUGUAUCAUACACCUGCUGCUGAACCUCGCCGGUUGUCAGUCUUGUCCACGUCCACAAUCAUUGGGCAGCUCACAUACGACUCUGACGCGUUCAGAGUCAACUACUCGCUCGCCCUCGUCUCCCAAAUCGAAGAGCACGAAGAGUACGACAGUGACACGAUUAUAAAGUCGAUUCAGCUCGAUCUUUAUUGGUUAUCUGAUCGAGUGUGCGACCUCUGCAUCAUCAUCACUACCCUUUCCAUUCACCCCGACCCUUGGCGCUAG